AUGGGAGAGGAGCAGUUCUGCCGCGAGCAGUUCUCGGAUAGCCAGAUUCACGCGCUGACGGUGUGCACGCUGGUGGCGUCGCUCCUGUCCGUCAUCGGCUCCUCGUUCAUGCUCGAAAACUUCUUCCUCUACGACAAGGGCCGCAACCCGCUCACCAAGCUCGUGGCCUGGCUCGCGUUCGGCGACUACCUGACGGCCGUGAACAACAUCAUCACCUCCAUCAUGCUCCUACACUACCCGGACCUCUUCGGCUGGGAGGUGUGCAUCGUCAUGCGCGCGUGGUUCCAGAUCGCGGCCGGCAGCACCUGGUGCUACACCUCGGUCAUCGCCUACUUCCUCUAUCGCUUCAUGGUCAGCCGCAACACCACGUGGGUGAGCUGGCCGUUGUGGAUCGCGUUCCACUUUGCCAGCUGGGGCGUGCCUGCGGUGGGCGUCGUGGUCAUGAUCGCCGGCAACUUCAUCGCCGAACACGGGUCUGUGCUACCCCUCGAGCCGUGGCACAUCAUCCUGUGGUUCAUCCCGAUCAUCAUCUCGUUCGCGUGGAUGCUCCUGUGCUACACGGGCAUCUUCUACAAGGUGUGUCGCUCCGGAGCGAACUCAGGUAGACACUCCCUGAACGUUGCUCUCGAUCCCGUGAGGCAACCAAAUGAAGACGCGGAGGCUGUGCUGUUGGUGUCGAAGGACGACGACAAGCGCGUGCAAUUCCGUCACGUCGUGAUUCGAUUCUCGUUCUACAUCCUCGUGUUCUUCGUCUGUUGGUUCUUCGAUGUCAUCACCUACUUCAUCCUUUUCUUCAACGACAACUGCAACGUCUACGCCUUCACCUUCGGCUACACCCUGUUCAGAAACCUGCAGGGUAUGCUGGACUGUCUGGUGUACGGCAUGACGAACUUGAAGAUCCGACAGCGAUUCACCCACUCCAUCCUGUCGGCCAUCGUAUCGACGUGGGAGCUCCUGCUCGCGCCCGUGCUCGUGCUCCCGGCCUUCAUCGCCUACACCAGCAAGCUCCUCCAACCCUACCUCAGUUCCGAUAAGUCGGACAAGAUAUUCGUGUCCAUCAACGAUGAUCUGAUGAAGGAGCACAGGAAGGCGGACAGGAAGAAGUACUUCUACUCCACGCAGCUGCCCGCGCGCUACUACGGUGGCGACGACCAGCCAGCGGAGACGUGGGAGGAGCGGGAGGCGCGGAAGGCGGCGAGGCGACUCCACGACGAGGCGGAGGCUGAGAAGAGGGAGAAGAAGAUGAAGAAGAAGAUGAGAAUGAUGAAGGAGCGAGAGGAGGAGGGUAAGCAAGGCGGUGGAGAGGAGGUGGAGCUUGGAAGAGGAGGAGAGGAAGAAGGACGACGGGACAAGCAGAGGAGAGGACCUGACGGACGACGAUUGAUCCCAGCGUACUACUUCAACGGCGAGCCCUCGCCCAACGAAAGGAAGAAGAAGCAAGAGCAGGCCGAACAGUCGGGCGGCGAGAAGAAGGAAGAUGAUGUGGAGGAUCAGCGAGCAGGCGAAAAGGCGGACGACGAUAGAGGAACAUCCACAAGAGACUGA